AUGUCUACCAACCAGAGCCAAACACCUUCCAUAGGCCUCUCAAGAACGGCACUACAAGAAAUAAGCCCAAACAAAGCAAAUGGUAUUAAUUCUCGUCUUCAGCAUUUGAAGGGGGAUACUAAGAAACAAAUCUCAAUCGCUUCACCAAAAACGAGUUUCAGUAAAAUCUCGAAAUACCCUUCUGGCUCCGGCUCGCCUUUUUCAAUUUCUGCAUAUCAUGACAACAUCAAGACCCAUAACAAUAGCUUAACCGCUAGCCUACCGUGGAGUCGCCGUUCUACCACUGUAAUUAGUACAAAUAGUUUCACGGUAUUUCCAGACACUGAGAAUGCAAACUCCCUACAAAGCACCACCAGCAGCACCCAAACAAAGACAGCUUCCUCCGCGUCCCAAAGUCAGGCAGAAGAUGAGAAGGUUGACGAUGAUAUGCCAUCUGACUGUUCUUCUUCUAACUCCUUUGACUCAGAUGCCUUUCGCAAUCAUGCUGAUAAACUUCGUUCCCGCCUUCGUCUUGCUUAUUAUAAAGUCUUGACAAACCAAACUUCUUUAUCAUUGACGCAAAUGGCAAUGGCACAAAACACAGUUAUUCGAAAUGACAACUCAAAGAACCUCCCAACCUAUACUCCAAUGAAAAAAGGAAAGGUAAUCAAUCUUAGAACCCCAAUUGCUGAGAUUAAACUGAAGACUGAAUCGACUAAAGGUACGCCAUCCCCAAUGAAAGCAGCCAAGAGCCUGCUUCGACUUGGAAACUUCUAG